AUGACUCAGACCCCUAAGAAGGAUAAGAAGCACGACCGAGAAGCAAGCAUCCUCACGGAUUCCGACAAGAAGGACAAAGAACGCGAAACCCGUCUACCCGCUUGCGAGGCAUGCAGAUCGCGAAAGGUGAAAUGCGAUGCCUUGCUACCGGCUUGUACUCCAUGUCAAAAGUCUGGCCGAGAAUGUUAUGGUCGUGACAAGGUGCCAAAUGUCUCUCGAGGCCUGGUCUACGAAUUGCAACAGAAGGUCAAGGAUUUAGAGAGUCGAUUGGCCCUUGCUUCUUCCGGCGUCAAGGUCUUAUCAGUCACCAACGGAGAUGCGGGCAGAAAUGCCGCUGGUGAGAGGGGCAGGCGCUCCUCGCAUGCUGGACUUCCAUCAGCAAAACGUGCAAAAAGGGGCCGCAACGGCCACUCCAGCUUCGACCACAGCGCACAAAGCCAGGACAGCGACCAAGCAUCGUCCUCAUCCGACAGCAUGUCCACAUCACCGGAGCCCGCGGAUCCUUCGCCCAACGACUUUGUCCAGCAAACAAGCACUAUCCUUGAAAGCCUCUCCUCGGACCUCACAGCUUCCACGCACCGUCCGACGCAGUCAACUCCAGAGAGACCUUCAACGCAAACUUUGGACAACGACGAAGCAUCCGCUCUAGCUGCGCUCACACGGCAUCACCGAGAUCGUACAAGAUCACCGCAUCGGCUGAAGCGUCGAUCGUCAUCCAACGCGUCCAAGUAUCGGGACGAGGCUAUCGGCCAUUUUUCUGCUUCUUCGUCCACCUUUCACCAUCUCAAACCUCGGUCACGAUCUGGUAGAGUGGGUACGAUAUCGGCGUACGAUCGGAGCUUCUUUGAUAGGCUGAUUGCGAGAUAUCUUACGUACAUGAACACGGCUUUAUCGGUGAUCAACGAGGUGAGGAUGUGGGAAAUCGCCGGGCUGGUGUAUCAGGAUGACGAGCGGGCACGACUAGCAGCUCUUUCGAUGGGGUCGCAUAGCAGUAUGCCUCCGCCACCUCUUCCUUCCUCUCCCUCGGUGGACCGUAUGACAUUGUCGAGGCAUCGAUAUGUCGUCUUGAUGGCAUUGGCCAUUGCAUUGGCGUCGCUCGGUCGUUCACACAACUUCAGCCCGGAGCUUCGUAGACUCGGACAUCAGUACUGGGCUGAAGCUCAAGCGCUUCACCCCUUGAUAUUUCGAACCAGUGAUCUGGAUAAGCUGCGAGCUUCUCUUCUGCAGCUGCAGUACGCACUUCUCGUACCCACAGCCGGGAGCGUAUGGGAGCUGUCAGGUGCAGCCAUGCGUCUCGUCACGGAGCUCAACUUGCAAGUCGACCGCGAAUUUGAUACUGCCGCCAACGCCCCUUUUACGCAAGAAACAAUCGACCUUCGGCGUAGGCUAUUCUGGACCACUUACUGUCUGGAUCGGAGCCUGGCGGUGGCGCUCGCUAGACCACCUGGAUUGUCGGAUGCAUGGAUCCAUGUUCAGCAGCCUACUCUGCAACCGGACGCGGAGCUUGUGCGACCAGAUCGGAAAGAUGCGGCAUCGACCGAUGGUGGCAGGACAGACCCGCUGAAGGAAAUCUUCCGAUCGCACAUCAACCUUCGUCGUAUCCAAUCCGAAAUCCUCUGUCGCCUCCACAGCGUCAACCCACGCGAUUACUCACUCGACCACGAUGGGGUGAGCUCCACGCAGUCUCCACUAGAUCGGCCUUCUCUAGCUCUCGUCAUGGAAGUUGGACCGCCAACGCCGAACGUAGAGUGGCAGACUAGGAUGAUGGACAAGCUGGUCGAGUGGAGAUCCGAGUACGAUCGUAUUCGACUUGGACCAUUGACUUCGGACAGAUUGCAACAAAACGAAGGGAUCAGUUCCACGGCUACCCCGUUCAUCACGAGAGAUUGGAUCGAUCUCAAUCACAACCUCACCAUCUCAUUGUUGUUCCGUCCUUCUCCCAACAACCCUCGACCCGAUUCGUUUGGCUUGCAACAAGCAUUCAUGGCAUCCGGACGUGCGAUGAAGAUUUACAAGUCCAUGCACAGAAGCUCCACUAUCAAUUUCCCAUGGCUCGCCACUCAUCACCUCUUCAUUUCGGGACUGACCCAUCUUAACGCGCUUGAAAAGCUGACCCGGACAGGCGCGACGAGCCCGAGCCCAGUCGUCGAGGUGGUCUUCAACGUCCAAAGCUGUGCUUCUACGCUGGAAGCGCUGACGUCGAGGGAUGACGGGUAUGGGACAAAGAUCAGAGAGACGUUUGAUGCGGCUGCAUCGGCAGUGUUGAGGUCGGUGUUGGAACCGAACGCUAGGACAAGUGAGAUGGGGUUGGAUGUAGAAGAACUGAUUAGAGGCUCGCCGAGGCAUAGGAUGCGUUCGCCGCAUCGUCAUCAGGAUGCAUUGUUGGGAGUGGCGCAACAGCAGCAGCAGCAACAGCAUCAUCCUGGAUGGUUAUCGGACUCGACGUGGAACUCGAUGGGUGCGAUGGAAGCGGGUCCGCCGCCGGGCUCGACGAUCUUUGUCGCUGCUCCACCGAGGACUGCGCGAUUCGGGACCGGUCACAGCUUGGUUCCGACGUUGAGCGAGAGGACAACACAGACGGUCGGGACGAGACAACACAUGCAGGGAGCAUCGACGAUGGGCGCUUUGCAAACUACCGGUCACAGCUCGCCCCGAGGAUCUUUUGCGCUGCAAACGCCAUACAACCUCACAACUUCGACUCUCGCUUUCAACAACAGCGACGCAUUCAACGUCGGCGACGCUGCGAACAAUAACAGCCACAGCGCAACCUCAUCUGUGGAAACCUCGACGGCGGAGCGCACCUCGUCCACAUUCGGCUUUCACAACUGGCUACUGCAGCCGUACGAGGGAGGCUCGGAUCUGAGUCAAGCGCUUUCCUCGCACAGCAACGUCAACGGAGGUAACCCUUUCAACGGCGGUGGUGCGAAUGCAUUUCUGUUCAACUCUUCACCGUCGGCAUAUACAGGUGUCGAUAUGACCUACUCGGACGGCAUGACGCAGCAGCACGGCAGGGCGGACAUGGGAGGUGCCAAAGAGACAGCGGCAGACGCUUCCACACUGCUGGAUUUCUUCAACAUGCUGCCGUCCGGUUCGCCGCCUGCCGCAGCGGCUGGCAAGGUCUCGACCAACGGCAGUGCCAGGGGUUGA